AUGGCGUCCUCCUUCGACCAAACCCGAAACCUCCCCAAAUUCCUCCAAGCCAUGGAAUCCAUCUAUGGCCCAUUCCCAGAAGCUGAUGCCGCUUCCAAAUGGACCCCCCCAGAAACCGCAGAGGGCCAUCGAGGCCGAUACCUUUGGACCGACGGGUUCGCCGUUGUGAAUUUUCUGACCCUGCACCAACUGACUGGCGAACACUGCUACCUCACCUUCGCCACCAACCUUGUCUCCACGGUCCACAAUGUCUUGGGCUAUACACGCGACGGCAAAUCCCGGCUCCCUGGCGCCACGGCCGAGCACCCACUCAAUGGCGGCCUGCGUAUUGGAAAACACGAUGAAGCCGGUCCAGACGGUGAUGGGCAGUACUUCCACUACUUGACGGUGUGGAUGUUUUCGCUCAACCGCAUGACGCACGUGACAGGUGAUAAAUGGUACAACGACCAAGCCGUGGCUAUGGCUAAAGCCAUUCUCCCCCGCUUCAUGACCAAUAUGACUUCAAGCAGACCGCGUAUGUUCUGGAAACUCAGUAUGGAUCUUUCAUAUCCACUUGUCAUGUCCGAGGGCAAUCUCGAUCCCAUCGACGGGUAUGUGACAUACAGCGUGCUUCAAGCCAGCAGCGAUGACCAGCGGAUCCUCAAAGAUGAAAUUGCCGCACUCAAGAAGAUUGUCGACAAGAAAUGGCAAUAUUACUCGUCCAACGAUACUCUCGACUUAGGCAUGACGCUCUGGACCGCGCAUUGGGUGAGUGCGGAAGAAGAGUGGGCUGCCGCUCUCUCACACAAGGCCCUCGAAUGCCUUUCUCGACUCGUGCAGCAAGGCCACUUUGACAAAUCCACUAAACGCAGACUUGCAUUUCGCGAGUUUGGGACCGCGUUGGGUGUUCGGUGUGCCCUCGGAAGCGCAAGCGGGACGCAAGCUGACCCCCAAGUGCAAGGCCUCCCAGAUCAUAUCUGCGAGACAUGGGAGAAUGAAGGUCUCGUGCCGACGCCAACGACGCAACAGAAGGGUCGAAUGGCGGAACUCAUGCCAAUCACGGCAGUCAUGUAUGCCUCAGCACUUAUUCCGGGAAUGAUGUGUCGUGAGUCCUCGUGA